AUGGAGACAGUAGGUCCUGUUAGUUGGACUGCGAACAAUGUUACAGUGGAAUCAGUAAAAUCAGUAAUUUACGUUCCUGAAGUCGACAUACCUAGCGGGAGUCUGCAAGCUUCUCCAUUGAAGGGAGUAGCAACAGAUGAAAUUGUUAGUUUUCUUGCCCAAUUUUGGGAGCAGUUCCAUCCAACGUUUCCAAUUCUCCAUCGAAGAACCUUCAAAGUUCCCCAAUAUUUUGAAGACAACGUUUUGAUCCACAUUAUGUGCUCAAUUGGGGCCAAGUAUGUCAAAGGAAAAAACUCUUUCUCAGAUGAUUGUUUUACAUAUUGCGUUGACUACCUCGAUCGAAUUUUGUCGUCAUUGGAUCCACAAUCGGUAUCAAUCGAUAUUUUUCAAGCAGGUCUUAUAGCCGGAUACUCAGGCUUGUUCUGGGGCAAAUCAGGAUGGUACAAAUGGGCAAGUGGUUUCAUUUACCAGUUAAUGUUAAUUGCCCGGGAAAGUGCAUGUUCUUCCGUGCCACGAAGACCUCUGGAGGCAUCCGAAUUGGAAUGGCAAGAAAUUUCUAAAAAUUUAUCAAAGGAUAACAAGAUCACCGAAUAUGGGUUGGAAAGCAUGAAAGGCAGUCCCGGAGUACACUUUUUGGAAGCCUUACAGCAGACAUUGAUAUGUGGCAGUGCUCCACCUCAGACAUCCUCUUUUGGUGGUAUGAUAAUUCUAUUGGCUAUUCACAUAAUGAUAAGAAACAUGACCCAGUUUGCAGGAAUAUUGGAGACAUGCUAUGCUCUAGCGCAAGAUCCAUUUUCCAGAAGAUCUCAAUUGGGGAAUGCAUUGGAUGGACUCAGAUUUUUGAUUCCCAGACGUAAGUCGGAAGACGGCCAUCACAUGAAGGAAAUGUGGGGACUUUUUGAAGCUACUUUGAACUUAGCCCUUAUUCACCUACACAUCCCAGACACAGCGAUAACAUCCGGAAUCGUUGAGCCAGAUUUGGGCUCUACUAUUGCUACUGCAGCAGCCUUGACGCAGCCUCAAUCAAUUAUUCCUCCCGGAACCGCCUUUCUUGGAAACGAACUCAGUAAAUUUCCUUAUGAAACGUUGGCAUUGGUAACAGGUCAUAUAUCGUACUUCAUGAAGACUUUCAAUCCAGAAUUCCACGAGACAAACCCUCUGCUCACAUAUAUGUUUUACAAAGUAAGUUUGGUAACAUGGCUGGUCUUGCGAUUCUUGAUUAAUCGUACCCACGCAAACAUGGAGAACAGAGAACGGAAACAAAGUUGCGAUGCAGGUUUUCAAAGUCCACUAGACCCAAAACAGUUGCAACAGGAGUUUAUGAUGAAGCAUUUGGCUGUUGAGAUCUUGAGCCAUGUAGAUAACUCAGAUAAAUUCAGCGAUAUUCAGUGUUUUGAAAGGUGGAUUGAGAGCCAGCUUGCAUCGUUCGAUACAUGGGGGAUUGGAGAAUGUGGGUCAAUGUCAUUUAAGGAUAUGCUAAUAAUCGGUGAAUCAUUAUAG